UCUAUUGCAAACAAGAAUCAGAGAGGAAAGGUCUACAAGUUCAUUGCAAACGUGGAGAAUGUCAUAUUACGUGCUGGUAUUAACGUUAACGCUGGUGUGCCUUUCUUCUCAGACACAAGGCGAAAUAUACUACGCCGAUAGUGCAUAUGACUGUUCCUCCGACCAAAAGUACGUGUUUACCUACUCAUCAACAACUUUAGAAGCUUGGUCCAGUGGCAUACGAUCAAAAACCAACUCCUCUUGUGUCAUCCAUUUCUACACAGGGGUUUCCAGUGACGUCGUCAAAGUCAUAAGUAACUUUAUGGACAUACCAUGUUCUUCGGAAGCGUACUUGACUUUCUACGAUGGUCCAUCAACAAAUUCGAGGCUGCUGAAGCACUACUCCUGUUCAGUGGCCCCAAUCAAACCGUUCCAAACAACCUCUGAAUAUUUAACAAUCAGACUUGGCCGCGCCGGAAAAACCAAUUUUGACUUCAGUUUGGAUCUUUAUGAAGUUUAUGGUGGCGUGAAAUAUGUGGAUGAAACAGUAUAUAUUGCAGUUGGUGUCGGUUGUGGAUUUUUCUUUUUGGUGAUGUUGGUGAGUCUGAGAGUGUUCCUGAUCUAUAGACGUCGCUCCGCAGCAAGACGAGGCCAGCUGGUAGUCACCGGGGUUCCAGUGAAUUGUGAUGUCCCGCAAGGUUAUGGCUCAAUAACCAACAACUACAUCGCCCAGCCUCCGCCAUAUGCUUCAGUGGUGCCCCCUACAGUAGAGACUCCGAAAGAGGCAUUCGGCCCAAAGUAGGACACACAAGACUUAGAGCGCACCAGAACAGCGGACUUACAGAUCCGCGGAUCAAAUAUGGCCGACACAUUGACAGCUUGAUGCUGAUCAGAAAUUAAGCGGCGAGCUUUUUAGUGGGUCGCCAUAUUUGAUCCGCGGAACGGUUAGUCUACUGUUCGGAAUGCACUCUUAGGUACAAUGGCCCAUUGACCGAUAUCCAGACGGCAGUUUGUUUUCCUUUGGAUCCAGUGGUCUUUUUAUGUGCGGAAUAUUACUUAAUAGAGGUUGAAUACCAUUUCAAAGAGUAUUUUUAAAGAGUAAGCAACUUAUUUAUUUUUGGAUCUGAUAAGUUAAAUAUGGUGUUUAUAUAUUAAAUGAAUAUGCAUAUGGAAUGAGAUCGGGUAUACUUUGUAGACCAUCGGAUUCUCUGUAUGUUUCAUACUA